AUGAGAAAAAGAGCUGAAAUUGAAGCAGAGAUUACUCAAGAUGAUAUAGAGCUUAUCAAGUGCGAAGAACACAACUCUGAUGAAGAGCUUGGGGAUGGAGACGAGGAUGUUAACCACCAGCAACGAAGAGUCCUUGGGAUUGAAGAUAUGUUGGAGGGGUCAGGCGGAUUUGGAAAUAUUCAAAUCUGGACUUUUAGUUUGUGCAUUUUGGUAGGAUGUAUGAGCACGACUUUUAUUCACACAAUGCCUUUUCUUGAAAAAUAUCCAAGUCUUGUGUGUCAGCAUGAGGAUGGGAAGAUGUAUUUUUGAGAAAAGAAGGAUAUUUGUAGUAAUGGAGAGCUAAUUCCGGGUAAAUAAAUGGGGUAUAGACGAUCAUGAUGACCAGACAUUGACUCAUAAUUGGAUAACUCAAAUGAACCUGUACUGAGAAAGUAAUUUCAACAUUGGCUUACUUGGAAGCGUAUAUUUCGUAGGAUUUGUGCUCAGUGGUUUCAUACUAAUGCUUGCAGAUGUAUAUGGAAGGAAAAAAUUGACGAUAAUUGGGACUUUUGUCACAACGAUUUGAAUAUAUGGGUUAUUCUACUGCACUGAUAUCACUCAUGCGUAUAUAUGGCUAUUCCUUACAGGCUUAUCAAUAUUCAGGCUAUACUCAAUUUACAUGCUUUCCAUGGAAAUUACUAGGAAAAAGUCUCAAAUAUACAUAAGUUCAAUUUUCCUUGCAGGAAAGGGAUUAAUUUCUGUAAUGAUUCCGUCAUUCUACUUCCUUCUAGGCGGAAAGAACUGGCGGAUUCCUUACAGCUUUGCUAUAAUAAUGGCUCCUUUGCUAUGUGUAUUGACCUUCUUCAUCCCUGAGUCUCCAAGGUAUUACUAUGAGCGUAGGAUGUACCCCCAGUUAAGGAACUUGAUUAGGAAAUUUGCUAAGACUAAUGGAGCUAAGAUGGAUCAUAAUUAUGAUAUUGAUAAGGAGAUUGAGGAUAUUAGGUUGAAGAGUAAGGGCAAAAGUGGGGAGAAGUCCAAGUUUUAUUAUUUGAAGGAUAGACUUAUCUUUUGGAAUUUAUGUGUGGUGAUAAUUUGAUUCAUUGCUGUCUCUUUUGACUCAUACCUAAUAGGGUUUCAUAUAAAAUAUAUAAAAGGAAAUCUUUAUUUUCUAACUAUUGUGUCAACAGUUUCUGAUUGAACUGCGACAAUGCUAGCUGGGCUAUUACAAAAAUUGCUUAACACCAAAAGGACUCUAUUAAUCUCUUACAUAUCAGCAAUGAUCUGAGGACUUCCCCUCAUUAUCUCUUCAGAUACAAAAUGGUUGAUUCCUUUCUGAAUUUUUGGUGCUAAAUUUGGCUUAGCAGUUGGAUUUAAUAUGAUAUAUUUCAUAAAUUCAGAAAUUUUCCCGACUCUUUUUGUCUCGUUUGCAUUCACAGUGGGAAAUAUCUUCUCAAGGAGUGUAACAAUUUUUGCCCCGUUAGUUGCCGAGAUACCUGAACCAACUCCCAUGAAGCUGUUCUGUUUUGCUGCACUGGUAGCCUCUGGGGCAACUUUCCUGCUAAGCUCCCAGACUAAGGAAGAGAACCCAGCAGAGACACGUAAGAAAGAUGAAUCUUCAAAGAAGUAA